UCUUUUAAGUUGAAUCACUCAACCAGUUCAUAUUUUAUAAAAUUCGAAUUCAAAUUUCCUAGAAAUGGAAGGCUCCUCAGUUAAGAUCACUUCUGCCCAAGCUUUUCUUGUUCUAAUCAUUUCUUUCAAUCUCUGCAUUAGCUCAGCCUUGGCUAUCGACUACGGAGCCGAAAAGGCAAGCGCCGAGUUCAUCAAAACCUCGUGCAGCAAGACUACCUGGCCUAGUCUAUGCUUCACCUCACUCUCGAGCCACACCAGUGCAAUCCAGACAAGUCCUCGGCUUCUUGCUCAGACAAGUCUGUCAGUGGCUCUCAGUCACGUGGUUUCGACAUCGGCAGCCAUGCUAAGGCUGUCAAAAGCUCAUGGCAUGAAGCCUGCAGAAGUUGGGCCGAUGAACGAUUGUCUUGAAGAGCUGACUGACACGAUAGAUGAGCUCAAGCGAUCCAUGGGAGAGAUGAGUCAGCUCAAUGAAUCCCCCAAGUAUAGACUCUUGAUAAGUGACAUUCAGACCUGGGUCAGUGCGGCGCUGACAGACGAAAACACUUGCAUGGAUGGGUUUGCAGGAAAAACAGGGAGCACCAAGAAUGUGGUUCGGGGAAGAAUUUUAAAUAUUGUUCAUUUGACAAGCAAUGCUCUGGCUCUGAUAAACAACUACAAUUCUCUUCAUGGAUAGUUCAGACUUCAGAGUAGAAAUCAAAUUAGUGGUGUGUGGUAGCUUGCUGUGAUAUCUGUUGAGAAAUGAAUAUUAAAAUAGUAUCGAUCUUGUGAUAAUAUGGCAUAAUCAAGCCACAAAUAUGUAUUAUGUAACUGUAAACAUCCAUUUUUGUAAUAUGUAUGUUGAUCUUGUUACACCUUUUUUGAGACCGAACACUGAUUAAUUAUUAGAGUACUUGAUAA